AUGCUACCAAACAAAAGAGAAAAUAAGCCCCGUCUAACACUAGCCCUCUACUCUCGCCCCAAGCACCCGGGAACAUACCACUACGCCCUCUUCGUCGUGCCAAAAUCCCGCUUCCAGGAUCCCGCAACCAAAACCAAGAACAAUAUCUUCAGCUCCUUAAACUCAAAAUCAUUGCCAAGCCCAAACAUCUUUAAGUUUCAUGUGAAGAACACCUUAAUGGUAGAGGAUGGGCAGGUAUCCAGUCCAUGGCGCUUCGAGGGUGUCGACAUAGAUGACUUGGCUAAGGAGGGAAGAUUACUUGUUCUUGUUGUAGUGGGCAAGGUUUUGUGUGGUUUGGAUGAAGCGGAAAAGGUCAUGAGGGAGAGGGUGGGAGUUUAUCAGACCUGGGAGGGGGAGGAGGGGAAGGAGUUCAAUUGUGUUACUUGGGUGAGAGAUGCGUUGAGCGUACUGAGGAAAGAAGGGUUGAUUAACGGUAUGGAAGGGGGUUGGGGGGAAAUGAAGCAGAGCGCGGAAGAAUUUGUGGAGAGGAAGAGAAAAGAGAGAAGGUGGGAUGGUGGGUGGACAGGAAGGGAGGGCGUGCCGUACUGGGGGUUGAUGCGUGGAGAAGAAGGGGUUGUCUUAUGA